AUGGCCAUUGCCAUGGGCUGGCAGAAGCCCGACAAUGUCGCUGGCUCGUCAGCGCCGGCAAUUAUGGUCGGUCUCUUUGUCGCUUCCGGUGGAUUGCUCUUCGGCUAUGAUACUGGAGCCAUAAAUGGUAUUCUCGCCAUGUCGGAAUUCAAGACUCAAUUUGGUGCCAAUUGUCGUUCGACCACUAAUGCCGACUCCGUCUCGAUUUGUCCAAAAGACGCCGCCCUCAUCGUCGCAAUUUUGAGCGCUGGCACAGCUGUCGGUGCACUCCUCGCUGCCCCUGCCGGAGAUUCAUUAGGUCGGCGAAUCAGCCUUCUCAUCUCGGUUGGCAUCUUCUGUAUUGGUGCGAUCUGCCAGACCUGCGCCCAGGAGAUUGUGCUUUUACUGAUUGGCAGAGCAUUGGCCGGUGUCGGUGUAGGAGCCAUCUCAGUCUUGGUUCCCCUGUAUCAGUCAGAAAUGGCGCCAAAAUGGAUUCGUGGAACAUUAGUCUGUGCCUAUCAACUCUCGAUUACUAUUGGCCUGUUAUCCGCAUCUGUCGUCAACAUUAUAACCUCCAAAAUUACAAACUCUUCGGCCUACCGCAUACCUCUCGGUCUUCAGCUUGUCCCUGCGCUCAUUCUUACCGCCGGUCUUCUCAUGCUACCAGAAACUCCACGCUUCCUCAUCAAGCAAGGCAAGAACGAGGCUGCUGGUCUUUCCCUGAGUCGACUUCGGCGACUAGACAUUACGCAUCCCGCACUCAUCGAAGAGUUGCAGGAAAUUAUUGCAAAUCAUCAGUACGAACUUACACUCGGUCCAUCAACCUACAAAGACGCCUUUUUCGGUUCGCCACACCUUGGUCGUCGAACGUUCACGGGAUGUGGUCUCCAGAUGCUUCAGCAGUUAUCUGGUAUCAACUUCAUCAUGUAUUACAGCACGACAUUCUUCAACGGUGUUGGGGUCAACAGCCCGUACACAAAAUCGACUAUUAUCAAUGUCAUCAAUGUUGUGUCCACCAUCCCUGGCCUGCUCAUUAUCGAAUCAUGGGGUCGUCGUAGGUUGCUGAUGAUUGGCGCUCUUGGCAUGGCGGCCUGCCAAUUGCUCAUGGCGUCCUUCACAACAGCGGCUGGUGACGAUCUGAAAUAUACCAAGGAAACCAUUCUUGUUGUCUUUUGUUGCUUCAACAUUUUCUUCUUUGCUGCGUCCUGGGGCCCAGUCGUCUGGGUCGUCACAUCGGAAAUCUACCCCCUGAAAGUGCGAGCCAAGUCCAUGUCGCUCUCUACCGCGUCCAAUUGGAUACUGAAUUUUGGAAUCGCCUAUGCUACCCCUUUUAUGGUCGAAUCUGGCCCGGGUUCGGCCAGUUUCGGACCCAAAAUCUUCUUCAUAUGGGGAGCAUUUUGCAUCGUCGCCUUUUUCUUUGUUUGGUGUAUGGUAUACGAAACCAGUAAGAUCAGUCUGGAGCAAAUCGACGAAAUGUACGAACGUGUCAAUCAUGCAUGGAAUAGCAAGGAUUUCCAACCAAGUUGGAGUUUCCAGCAAAUCCUCGACCAGGGUUGGUCACCAAGUGGCAUCCCAGAACACGAGCUACAGACCACGGCAUCACAAAGUAGUGCGGAUACAACACUAGGCGACUCAGGGUCGUCGACGAUCACGAUACAGCAUAGUGACGAGGAGCACAACCAAACAAGACAAUCAAAUGAGAAUAAGACGGUACCGAUGGCGAGUGUUGAUUUCAGUUAUUGA